CAGGAGAUGACCAGAGACUGCGGACACGGUACAGGAGAUGGCCAGAGACUGCGGACACGGUACAGGAGAUGGCCAGAGACUGCGGACACGGUACAGGAGAUGGCCAGAGACUGCGGACACGGUACAGGAGAUGGCCAGAGACUGCGGACACGGUACAGGAGAUGGCCAGAGACUGCGGACACGGUACAGGAGAUGGCCAGAGACUGCGGACACGGUACAGGAGAUGGCCCGAGACUGCGGACACGGUACAGGAGAUGGCCCGAGACUGCGGACACGGUACAGGAGAUGGCCCGAGACUGCGGACACGGUACAGGAGAUGGCCCGAGACUGCGGACACGGUACAGGAGAUGGCCCGAGACUGCGGACACGGUACAGGAGAUGGCCCGAGACUGCGGACACGGUACAGGAGAUGGCCCGAGACUGCGGACACGGUACAGGAGAUGGCCCGAGACUGCGGACACGGUACAGGAGAUGGCCCGAGACUGCGGACACGGUACAGGAGAUGGCCCGAGACUGCGGACACGGUACAGGAGAUGACCAGAGACUGCGGACAGUACAGGAGAUGACCAGAGACUGCAGACAUACUGAUGAUGUCAAGAGAUCGCUGGAGUCCUCAGUAGCUUUCAGGGAAUCACUACCGGGG